AUGCUGGACGUGGGCAUCUACCUGCAGACACUGGUGGACGUGUUUGUGGACGACCACCGCCCCUACUUCACGGACGCAGAGGUGUCCGGCCGCGAGCUGGUCUUCACCAUGGACACGCCGGUCGCGCAGGGACACUCCGUGGAGGUGGCCUACGACAACAUCUUCGCGGAUGACGUGUCAGGCCUGCUCAUAGACGACGCGGGCAAUGCGCUGGCGCCCUUCUCCUCCCAGCCGCGACACUAAAACUCGUCUCGUCCGCGAGGUCCUCACGAGUCUGGCCCCGCGGGGUGGUCAGCAGCCACAGCCUCACGAUGGAGGAGGGAGGGAGCGGCACCUACACGAUG